AUGCAGGGUAGUCAGUCAAAUGAAUUGGCCGUCUAUGUAUUGAGGCGAGGUCAAUUAAAGGCGCAGCUGACAAAAUUCCAAACAUAUAUCAAUAAUGUAGAUGUGGAUAACAAUAUCAUGCAGAUAAAGAUACGUCUAGAUAAAAUAAAAGAACUUUGGACUGAGUUUGAUGUAGUUCAGAAUAAUAUCGAGGCAUUAGAUACCAGUAAUGAGCAAUUGGACUACAGAGAUACGUUUGUAAAUUUAUAUUUUGAUAUAGUUGCAAAAGCAGAGACUAUGGUACAAGGUUCAAAUGUAGUUAGUGGCAUAAACAGGUUGAGUAUACCGGGCAAUCUUGCGCAAGGAGGUGACCCGGCGAUAAAAAUGAAGCCGUUAGAAUUACCGUCGUUUUCGGGAAAAUUUGAAGAGUGGUCCACAUUUAAAGAUUUAUUUUUGACCAUGGUACAUUUAAAUCCAACAAUAGCAGGUGUACAAAAAUUUUUAUAUUUAAGAAUGUAUUUGUGUGGGGACGCAUUGGCUCUGAUAUUAAAUUUAGCGACCACAGGUGACAAUUACUCGAUUGCAUGGAACACUGUCGUAGAACGAUAUGACAAUAAGCGUAUUCUCAUACAAUCUUAUACGAGAAAUAUAUAUGAAUUAGAACCUAUGCAAAAGGAGUCGAGUGUGUGUUUAAGGAAGUUUACUGCUGAUUUAAACAUGAAUAUGCAAGCUUUAAAGGCGUUAGGUCAUGAUCCAGAUGCCUGGGGUGCGCUAUUAUUGCAUGUGAUUCUAGUCAAAUUAGAUUAUAAUACAAUACGAAAUUGGGAAUCUGUGGCGACCAAAGAUAUAUUACCCUCUAUAUCGGAGUUGACAACAUUUUUAAAUGAACGGUGUAAAAUAUUAGAGGCGAUUGAUACCUCAAAAAAUUUAUCGAAUAAAUUAAAUACGUCGCAUUAUACGCAGUCUAAGCAAAAUUAUCGCAAUCCAAAUGAUAAAAACGUCCAAUUUAAAAAUAAUAAAAAAGUAAAUGCAUUUGUUGCUACCAAUCGUUUAGCAUGUUAUUUAUGUAAACAGUCACAUCCUAUUUACAAGUGUCAAAAAUUUAUCGCACUCAAUGCGAAUGAAAGAGCACUAAAGGUUGAUGAACUAAACCUAUGUCGCAAUUGCCUGGGUACGGGACACACGGAUGUACAGGUGUGCAGGUCGAAAAGGGUAUGCUCCAAAUGUGAUAAAGCGCAUAAUACGUUGCUGCAUGGUGAUGUACCACAAGUUGUACAAAAUCCGUCUACGUCAAAUGUGUCUAAUUCGGAAGUGGUGGUGAGUCACGCCGCCCGUGGUCAAACGCGCGCACAAGUACUAUUAGCGACUGCAGAGGUACAUAUAUUAAAUGCAUGCGGCGAACUAGUUGUAUGCAGGGCAUUACUAGAUAACGGCUCACAGAUAAAUAUUUUGACCGAAGCAAUGGCACAGCGAUUAGGGCUUGCGAGAACAAAAAUAAAUAAAUCAAUAACAGGUAUAAAUGAGGUAGUGAGUCGUGCCGCGUAUCAGGUAACCGCGUCUAUUAAGUCACGUAUAAAUAAUUAUUCUGCCACCUUAGACAUGCUGGUAUUGCCAAAAAUUACCGGAAAACUGCCGACCAACAAUAUCGAUACUAACAAAUGGUCUAUACCCGCGGAUAUUAUGUUGGCAGAUUCUAGGUGUUUUAAGCCGGAAAAAAUUGAUUUAUUGAUUGGUGCCGACACCUAUUGGGAAAUAAUGUGCUCGGGAAAUUUCAAACUGCACACAAUGGGUCCGUACUUGCAGCAAACAAUGUUCGGCUGGAUUAUUGUAGGACCAGUGAAUGAAAUUUCAUCAAAAAAUAAUUCAAUGGCUUGCUUUGUAAUAAGUGAAGAUAAUUAUUCAAAUUUGGAAAAGGAUAUUGAAGAAUUUUGGAAAAUCGAAGAAUUUUCCAAUGCAAAUAUGGACGAAACGUCGGAAGAUAGUAUUUGUAGAAAACAUUUUGAAGAUCACAUAUCAGUAGAUUCCACGGGAAAAUUUGUAGUAAAAUUGCCGUUUCGAGAUAACGUAGACAUGUUAGGCGAGUCAUAUAACAUAGCGUUAAAAAGGUUUUUAUCGUUAGAGCGUCGUCUCGGGAAAAAUCCCGAGCGAUAUAGUCAAUAUAAAGGGUUCAUGGAAGAAUAUGAGCAUUUGGGACAUAUGGAGAAAGUUAAUGAGGACAAUGACCUAUCAGUGAAAACGUAUUACAUGCCACACUCUUACGUUCUUAAUGAUAGUAGCCGAUCAACAAAAUUACGAGUGGUAUUUGACGGCUCAUGCAAAUCAGAAUCUGGAUUAUCGCUAAACGAUGUAUUGUUAAAAGGUCCUAUAUUACAAGAUGACCUCACAUUAAUUGUUACGAGAUUUCGUACACAUAAAUAUGCAUUUUCAGCUGAUAUUAAAAAAAUGUAUAGGCAGGUAUGGGUUGAUAAUGCAGAUAGAGAUUAUCAGCGCAUAUUGUGGCGCGGUGAUCCUAAUGAGCCUAUUAAGAAAUAUAGAUUGUGUACAGUAACCUACGGAACGGUACCUGCAAGUUUCUUAUCGGUUGCGUGUCUUCAUAAAUCGGCGGAUAUAAAUAAAAUACGUCCGGAGAUAGCUCAGAUAAUAAAGCAUGAUUUUUGUGUUGACGAUUGUUUAACGGGCGCCUCAACAUUAUCGGAGGCUUUAAAUUUGCGUAAUGAAUUAAUUAAAUGUUUAAGUAACAAUGGAUUUGAAUUAAGCAAGUGGACAGCUAAUCAUGCCGAUUUAUUAAAAUAUAUACCAAUUCCUAAUGAAAACUCACUAUACUCGUUAAAUAUGGAAACUGAAGCAAUAAAAACAUUAGGUUUGUAUUGGGAUUCAAACUCGGAUAGUUUCAUUUAUAAAGUGUCUUUACCAAUACCUGAACAUAAGAUAACCAAACGAAGUAUUUUAUCUAAUAUAGCACGUCUAUUUGACCCGCUCGGAUUGCUCGGACCGGUUAUCGUGAUAGCUAAAAUAUUAAUGCAACAAUUAUGGAAAUUAAAAAUAAAUUGGGAUGAUGAAUUAUCAACAGAAAUUCAAAUAAAAUGGAAAAAAUAUUUAAAGGAUUUAAAUCAAUGCAAUAAUCUAAGUGUCCCGCGCUGGUUGCAGUGUGACGACACAGAAAAAAUAUAUAUACACGGAUUUGCCGAUGCAUCGUGCAAAGCGUACGGGGCUUGUUUAUAUGUAGUAUGCACGCGCGCGGACGGUAGUCGCCACUCACAACUAAUAUGCGCAAAAUCAAGAAUUGCGCCGAUAAGUAUAAUAACAAUACCGCGAUUAGAGUUAUGCGCUGCCUUACUAUUAUCAAAAUUAAUAAAAAAAAUAGUUCCAGCGUUACGAAUUAAUGUUACGAAUAUUUAUUACUGGAGUGAUUCUAAGGUGGUACUAGCGUGGAUCGCAUCGGAUGCAAUGCGUUGGAAACCGUUCGUUGCAAAUCGUGUGAGUAAGGUUCAUAAUUUAACAUCACAGUAUUCAUGGUCGUAUAUUAAUACGAAGGAGAACCCGGCUGACAUUUUAUCCAGGGGAUGUGAUGUUCAAGAUAUACAAAAAUGUACAUUGUGGUGGAACGGACCCGCAUGGUUGACGAACGAGCACGCGAGAUGUGAAGAACUCUGUCAAGUACACGAAGAUGAGGAGACACUAUGUGAAGAGCGAAAGCAGUCGAACACAGUAGUAAUGGUCGCUGAAGUAAAGGCAAAUUAUUUUAUACAACUGUGUGAAAAAUAUUCAAAAUUAAAUCGGUUUCAGCGUGUGUUUGCCUAUACAUUGAGGUAUGUGCAUAAUAUUUCAAGUAAAUUAAGAGCAAAAGAAAGAUACUCGGGUCCACUCAGCAAUGACGAGAUUCAAAAAUCAGUAAAAAUAUUUAUUAAACUCUUACAAAAUCAGUUUUUUGGUGAGCCAUUAAGUAAUAAAAAAUUGCAGCCAUUAAGCCCAUUCUUCGAUAAAGAAAAUAUAUUACGUGUUGGUGGUCGCCUUGGUAAUGCGACGGACCUAGCUCAUGACCAGCGGUAUCCUAUUCUGAUUCCAUACGCGUGCCAUUUUGAUACCCUAAUUUUUAGAAACGAACAUGAAAUGUCCUUACAUGCCGGGCCCCAAGCAAUGUUAGCGAACGUGCGCUUAAAAUAUUGGCCGAUAAAUGGGCGUCGAACAGCUCGAAAAGUCGCCCACCAAUGUGUAAUUUGUUUUAAAAAUAAACCUAAUAUUGUAGAACCAAUUAUGGGUGUUCUACCAAAACCAAGAGUGAACCGACCACUAAGAUGUUUCGAAACUACGGGUGUUGAUUAUGCGGGACCAAUAUUAAUGAAGUCGCACGCACGUAGAAACGCACAGCUACAGAAGGCAUAUAUAUGCAUUUUUUUAUGUUUUGCAAGUAAGGCUGUACACAUAGAGCUAGUAUGUGAUCUCAGCACGGAUGCCUUUAUAGCUGCCUUGCACCGGUUUAUAUCAAGAAGAGGUAAAUGCCAUACCAUAUAUUCCGAUAAUGGUACUAAUUUCGUGGGUGCUAACAAAAAGUUAAGUGAUUUGUCCACACUUCUUCUUUCCGAACAGCACAAAAUUCGCGUUCAAGACACGUUAACACUACACGAAAUUACGUGGAAGUUCAUACCGCCUCGGUCCCCCCAUUUUGGUGGUUUGUGGGAGGCUGCAGUCAAGGCCGUAAAAAAACACUUGAAUCGAACGAUUGCAAAUUCACGGUUAACUUAUGACGAACUAUAUACGGUACUAACACAGAUAGAAUGUUGCUUAAACUCCCGUCCUUUAAUCCCUAUAUCCGAAGACCCUACGGAUUUGAAUGUCCUUACUCCCGCCCACUUUCUAAUAGGUAGCUCACUACGCGCACUGCCUGAGCCUGACGUGAGAGAUAUAUCUAUUAAUAGAUUGUCUCGAUGGCAAAGAGUGCAGCAACUUGUCCAACACGUUUGGACACGAUGGAGCAAGGAGUAUUUGGGGCAACUACAAGGACGAAACAAGUGGUCCAAAUGCAGAGGACCAUCCAUUCAACCUGGGACGAUGGUGUUAAUAAAGGAGAAUAACUUACCUCCUUUAAAGUGGUUAUUAGGCAGAGUCACAAAUGUUCACCCAGGACCUGAUGGUGUCAUAAGGGUAGCUACGGUGCAUACGAAUUUGGGAUCAAAAAAGCGAGCUGUUCGAUUAUUAUGUCCAUUACCCAUAGACACAUGA